AUUAUUUCAACACAUGUGCUUCGGAAAAUACUUGUUUCCUGAAUAGUUGUAUGUAGUUCUUGCACGGCAGUGUUAAGAUGGCCCUCCGAGUGACCUCUUUAUUAAGAAAUCUUACAAAAAUUAGUACAGUGAAUUGCAGAGGAGUGUCGCAGCAUUACCCUAUCGACGAACAUAUUUUUGGAUUAAGUAAUGAACAGAUACAGCUGAGGGAGACCGUUUUUAAUUUCACUCAAAAAGAGCUAGCUCCGAAAGCCAACGAAAUAGAUAAGAAAAACGGUUUUGACGAUUUAAGAAAUUUUUUCAAAAAACUUGGAGACUUGGGCCUUUUAGGCAUUACAGCAAAUCCUGAAUAUGGGGGCACUGGAGGCUCGUAUUUGGACCAUGUCGUUAUCCUGGAAGAAAUCUCCAGGGCUUCUGGGGCCAUCGGACUGAGUUACGGCGCACAUUCCAACCUCUGCAUUAACCAAAUCCACCGCAAUGGUACUGAAGCCCAAAAGCAAAAAUACUUGCCAAAGCUUUGCUCCGGCGACCACAUAGGAGCCCUAGCCAUGUCGGAACCCAAUUCUGGCUCGGACGUGGUCUCCAUGAAGCUCCGCGCCGAAAAAAAAGGGGACCACUACGUGCUCAACGGGAGCAAGUUCUGGAUAACCAACGGCCCGGAUGCCGACGUCCUCGUGGUGUACGGCGUCACGGAGUCGUCGGCGAAGAAGCCCCAACACGGAAUUUCCAGUUUCAUCAUCGAGAAAAACUUUCCGGGUUUCAAGACCGGUCCUAAAUUGGAUAAGUUGGGAAUGAGGGGGUCCAACACUUGCGAACUGAUUUUUGAAGACUGUAAAGUUCCUAAGGAGAAUAUGCUGGGAGGGGAGAACAAGGGGGUGUACGUUUUGAUGAGCGGGUUGGAUUUUGAAAGACUGGUAUUGGCAGCUGGACCAGUAGGGUUGAUGCAAGCCUGCUGCGAUAUUGCGUUUUCGUAUGCCCACGUGAGGAAGCAGUUCAGAAGAAGAAUUGGCGAGUUUCAGUUGAUACAGGGAAAAAUGGCCGAUAUGUAUACUACUCUAGGGGCGUGUAGAAGCUACCUGUACAACGUUGCCAAGUCGUGCGACAAUAAAAAAGUCAACAGUAAAGACUGUGCCGGGGUUAUUUUAUAUUGUGCCGAAAAAGCAACGCAGGUGGCACUAGAUGCCAUACAGAUUUUAGGAGGUAACGGCUAUAUUAAUGAUUACCCUACGGGAAGAUUGUUAAGGGAUGCGAAAUUGUACGAAAUUGGGGCUGGAACGUCGGAAGUUCGAAGACAGUUGAUUGGUAGGACGCUCAAUGCUGAAUACGCGUGAUCUCUUUUAAUACAUUUUUUUUACAUCUGUAUAUCGUUAUUUGACUUUUUGAAAAUUAAAAUCUAUUUUACUAAA